AUGAAAUUAAAUCCAAACGCUUCAUCGUUUGUACCAAAAUUUGUUGCUAAACCAGCAGCACCAGCACCAGCAGCACCAGUUGCUGUUGUUGCCGAACCAGUAGCAGCACCAGUUGUUGCAGAACCAACACCAACACCAGCACCAGUAGAAACUAAAGAAGAACCAACUACCACAGCUACUACAACUUCAGUAUCAUCAAUUAAAACUGAAGAAGAUUUAGAAAAUAUUAAACCAACUGAAUCAGUAUAUAAAGUUGAAGAUGAUGACAUCGAAGAUGAUGAUGAAGUUGAUGAAGUUGCAGAGAAAAUUGAACAAGUUGUAAAAGUAUUACCAGAAGAUAGCAGAGAACAUCUUAAUAUAGUAUUUUUAGGACAUGUAGAUGCAGGUAAAUCAACACUUUCAGGUAGUAUUAUGGUUUUAACAGGACAAGUUGAUCCACAUACUCUUGCAAAAUAUGAAAGAGAAGCCAAAGAGAACCAUCGUGAAGGUUGGAUCUAUGCAUACAUUAUGGAUACAAACGAAGAAGAACGUACCAAAGGUAAGACAGUAGAGGUUGGUCGUGCACAUUUUGAAACCACCAAAAAGAGAUACACCAUUCUCGAUGCUCCAGGUCACAGAUUAUACGUACCAAAUAUGAUUAUUGGUGCAGCACAAGCAGAUGUUGGUAUUUUGGUUAUCUCAUCAAAGAAGGGUGAAUUUGAAGCAGGUGUAGAGGGCGGUCAAACCAUUGAACAUGCUCGUUUGGCAAAAAUGAUUGGUAUUAAAUAUUUGGUCGUUUUCGUAAACAAAAUGGAUGAACCAACCGUAAAGUGGAGCAAAGCACGUUACGAUGAAAUCACAGAUAAAUUAACAGUCCACUUGAAGAAAUGUGGUUGGAAUCCAAAGAAGGACUUCCAUUUCGUUCCUGGUAGUGGUUAUGGUACAUUGAAUGUCUUGGCACCAUUGGCACCUGGUGUUUGUGAUUGGUACAGUGGUCCAUCACUCAUUGGUACCCUCGAUAAUUUAUCAGGAAUGGAACGUAAUGAAGGUGGUGCCCUCAGAAUUCCAAUCACCACCUCCUACAAGGAUAGAGGUAUCGUCAAUGUAAUUGGUAAGGUUGAGUCUGGUACAAUCAGCGUUGGUCAAAGCAUUCACAUUAUGCCUGGUAAAACAAAGGUUGAAGUCAUCUCACUCACUGGUGAUAUCUGUAGUUUCAAAACUGCUCGUCCUGGUGAGAAUAUCACCAUCGCCCUCAAAGGUAUCGAAGGUGAUGAUUCUAUUCGUCCAGGUUCCAUUCUCGCUGAAAUCAAUAGACCAGUACCAGUCGUCUCUGAAAUUGAAGCAAUCGUUUACAUUUUAGAUAUGCCAGAGGAACGUAGACUAUUCACUCCAAGCUUCUCUGCCAUCUUCCAUGCUCAUACUGCCGUCGAAGAUGUCACCGUCAAAUCUUUAAUCGCUACCAUCGAUACUAAAACCUCAACUGAAAUUAAACAAAAACCAACCUUUUGCAAAGUUGGUGAUGCCGUUAAAUGUCGUUUAGUACUUGGUAGAGCUGUUUGUUUAGAAGAAUUCACUACAAAUCCACAAUUAGCUCGUUUCACUAUUCGUGAUUCAACCAAAACUAUCGCUUUUGGUAAAGUUAUUAAUAUUGGUAAAAAAGCAAAAGAAGAAAUUGCAAGACAAACUAAAGCUUAA